UCGUCAUGAUGAAGCCACGGUGUUCUAGAGAAACGUUUGGGAUUUUUUUCCCCCUGCCUCCCUUGAUUGAUGGAUUAUGAUGGAGGGGCGUCAGAGCCGCUGUUUCUAAUAAAUAGAGAUGGGGAGGUGGAGAGAGCGACAUCCUCGCUACUGGCCGCUGCAGCAGACGCAUGUUUACGAUGUUUCUUCCCUCCUUCCAGAGGCUCGCGCCGCUCCUCCCGGUGAUGCUGCUGUCACUGCGCGCGGCCCCCGCCGACGGCGUCGCCGCGCCGACCCGGACCUUCACACAGACCGACCCGCUCACCGGCGGCACGUUGGAGUGUGACCGCUGCCCGCCCGGCACCUACCUGCGCUCGAGCUGCAGCUCCACGCACAGGAGCGACUGUGCGCGGUGUCCGCCGGGCUCGUUCACGGAGCUGUGGAACCACGUCCGAAGCUGCCUGCGCUGCCGACCGUGCGGCCAGAAGCAGGUGGUGAAGAAGCCUUGCGCCGCGGACAGCGACUGCCAGUGCGAGUGUGAGCAGGGAUACUACUACAGGAAGAACGACGACGCGUGCCUUCGCCACGGCGAGUGUCGGCCCGGACGAGGAGUGCUGACCCAAGGUACAGCCGACGAGGACACGGUCUGCCACAUCUGUCCCAACGGCACUUUCUCCGACGCCGUCUCUGCUCACCAGAACUGCACGAACCACACGAGCUGCGAGGCUGCGGGGCUGCGGCCGGCGCUGGCGGGCUCCACCUGGCACGACAGCGUAUGCAUCAGCUGCAAAAAGCUCAGAGAUGGAGCUGACUACCUCAAAAAAAUUCUCCCCACCUUCUUCGGCCACGCCAAAAUGUCCCUCAGGCGUCUGCGUCGGAUUGUGCACAACCUCCCCUCCGAGGACGGCAAGAAACAGGCCGGAACGUCAGAACUUAACCUCAAAGAUGUCAAAGUGCGGCUCGACGCCUGGAUCGCCUCUGCUACGGCGAAGCAGAUCAGGCAGCUGCCAGCAGCGCUGACGAAAGCAGGCGCGAACGGCAGCGGCGAGAGACUACACAACAAGCUGCAGAGAAUCGACUCUAAUCUGAACAAGCUGUGUGCUUUGGGGAAUGAGGAGGAUGUAGCUUUGAUGUCAGACUAAGAUGAGGCGGAACAUAUCUUGUUAUAGGUACCGAAGAGUUUGACUUCUCCGGUUUUCAUUUCAAAUAACGUUUUUUCGUGUAUGUAGUUCCGAGAUGGCUGUUUGAGAUGAACUGUCAAUACACGCUUUAGUACUUUUUGCAUUAGGUAAAGGAGAAUACCAGUCAUUCAGAGGAAAAGUUAAUUUACUUCUAUCCACAUCGACCCAAUUAACACUGUUUCGGAGCAAUCGGGGGUUUUUUGUCGUUUUUUUUUUUCCCCUCAUAAAAUGGACCAAACAAUCCAAACUUCCUGGUGUCGCCUCUUGGUGCCUAAUUGUAGUUUUUAAGUUUUUAACGCUUGCGGCAAAGAUACUCUGUUGCUCCCUGGGAACUAACACCAAAGAGGAAUGUACUCCAAUGCACAAAAUUCUUGUAUUGUAUUUCUGUGAGUCAAAGCAGAGAGAGAACCUGCACAAGACUGGCAUUACCCUUUAAAAGAUAAGACGUGUUGGCCUACACAAUAUCUACCUCUUCCUAUGUCUGCAGUAAAACUCCAACGUGGCACCGGUCCUGCUAAAUCCAAAGGUUUCAUUUUGUGUAAAGGCAUCAUAUGUGAACCGAGAUCUUAAUUUAUUUUGCUAUUUAUAUGAACAAAGUAAGUUUUAUCCUGGGAGGACAUGGUAGUGGAGCUCUUGUGUUAAGCCAUUAACUUAGGUUCUAGGUGGAACCUCAGUUACAUCAGGAACAACAACAAGAGACUGACAUGUUAUAGACUCACUUUAUUGGGAAUACCAGUAAAGUAACAUUCACACAUUCAGCUUGAGUGGUACUUCUUGUUUCCCCUGGCAUUCAAAGGUCUACGGACGGACAAGGCCACAAGGAGGGCCGCUGUGGCUCAAUUCCCGGCUCCUCCAGCCCGCGUGUCGAAGUGUCCUUGGGCAAGAUACCGAACCCCAAAUUUGUGAAUGUGUGUGCGUGUGAAUGUGGCGUGUAAUGUAAACGCUUUGAGAGAAGAGCGCUAUAGAAGUGCAUUUACCACAUGGUGCAGAAGAAACAAUAACAGCUGAGGCAGAGACGAUAAGAGAGAAGGUGCACUAUGAAAUGAGUCCUUCAUAACCAGUCAUUUUGUCAAUUCUUGGGUCCAUCACAUCAUUUUUUUUCUUAAAAAAUGUUAAAAUGC